AUGAAGAUCACAUUCAAGGACCUCAAGCAACAGAGGUUCACCAUCGAUGUCGAACCAACCGAUCUGAUUUCUACCGUCAAACAGAAGCUUUCCGAAGAGCGGGGCUGGGAUCCGAAGUCCCAGAAGCUCAUCUAUUCAGGGAAAAUCCUUAAGGAUGAGGACACCGUUGAGUCCUACAAGAUCGAGGAGAAGGGGUUCGUGGUUUGCGUGGUGAACAAGCCCAAAGAAGCGCCCAAACCCGCAGCGGCGCCCGAGCCGUCGGCGUCGUCCGCGUCUGCCCCGCCUGCGACGCCCGCCCAAGCGCCAGCAUCCACUCCGGCUGCCCCGGCUGCUCCCCCGCAAACUUCCAGUUCUGCGGCCGCGGCCCCUGCUACCCCGACUCCGAGCCGGACUGCCGCUUCCGAUGCGACCUUCAGCGAUCCAAACGCGUUGGCUGUUGGCCAGCAGCGUGCCGAGGCCAUUGCCAACAUGGAAGCAAUGGGUUUCGAGCGUUCGCAGAUUGACGCCGCAAUGCGUGCAGCAUUCUUCAAUCCCGAGCGAGCCGUAGAAUAUUUGUUGACUGGCAUUCCUGAAAACUUGCAGCAGGAGCAGCCGCAAGCCAGUGCGGCUCGUCAGGCCGCCCCGGCAGCUGCCGCCUCCCCGGCUCCAGCUGCUGGUGGUAACGAUGACGGCCCGGUCAAUCUUUUCGAUCUUGCCGCCCAGCAAGGUCGCGGUUCUGGCGCUCGCGGUGCUGGCGGUGCCGGCGCCGGCGCGGGAGCGGCAGCUCAGGCCGCCACGCAACAGCAGGGUCUUGGGAAUCUGGAGUGGCUCCGCCACAACGCCCAGUUCCAGCAGUUGCGGCAGGUGGUGCAGCAACAACCCCAGAUGCUCGAGCCCAUUCUGCAACAGCUCGGCGCUGGUAACCCGCAGCUGGCCCAGCUGAUCGCGCAGCACCCGGACCAGUUCCUCCAGCUCCUUAGCGAGACAGGAGGCGACGACGAUGCGCCGCUUCCCCCCGGAGCGCAGCAGAUUUCGGUGACAGAAGAGGAGCGCGACGCUAUUGAGCGGCUUGUGCGACUCGGUUUCACGCAAGAUGAGGCCAUACAGGCCUACUUUGCGUGCGACAAGAACGAGGAACUGGCCGCCAACUUCCUCUUCGAUCAGCCAGACGAUGAUGAUGACGCCAAUAUGCAGUAA